AUGGCAACACCUACUUCAGCACUGGUUGGAAAGCCUUUCGUCGUCGCGAAAUGCGGUUCAAAGAGCAGCAGCAACAACAAAGCAGUCGUUUCAUUCACCAGACGACGAUUCGGAAUGAUUUUUCCAUCCUCCUUUUUUCUUCUUUCCCAAAGCAAUUCGAUUGGAAACGCAUCGGCAAAAGAACAACUUUUAUUAACCGGCGAUUACGACACGGACACGAGAGACAUCACCAAGCGCGUUCGGGAACUUUUAAGAGAAGGCAAAGGAGACGUGGAGUUAUACCUUCAAAAGUUUGACCUGUACUCGCAACAGUAUAAAUGGGAUCACAAAGGGCACACGAACUCGUUCGCGAGCUUGCUUUCGUUAGACCAAGUCGUAAGAAAGCAAUACGAGUUCGCCGGAAAUACCCCGUGGGAGGUUCCACCGUUGUCGUCGAAUAAAGGCGCGAUGUUAGAAGCGUACGUGAGGAAUAGCGAGAGUUGUCUGAUUAAGGAAUCUUACGGUAAAUUUGGGGAGAUGGACCCGGAGACGCGAGCGGAAUGGAAAGCUAUCGAGUGUUCGCAAGGACUCGUGAAACCUGUGAAAGAAUGA